AUGUCAACUCUCUCGAUUUCCUGUCUGGCGGACAUUAAUCUCGAUAUUCAGCGCUGUCUCAUUCUCAGGCUGGAACAAGUCUUAUCGGCCACCCACAUUCACUCUCAUGACCUCUGCCUCAAAUGUUCUGCUCACAUGAAGUCAUGUUUUGUAAAUCAAUACAAGACACAGGCUCGUAACUGUCUUCUUCACUUUCACAAGCUCCACAAGCUUUACGAUCGAAGCAUCCCUCUCUUCGAUGCCGGGUGA